GAAGGGAGAGAUGAUGAAGGAGUGGGAAUUUGAGUUUGACGACGAUAUCUUUGGAGAACCAAAUUGUAAGGAAAGCAAAGUCGAAGAGGCCUACAAACCAAAGCAAUGCGAUCCCGAGUGGUUUAUGCAGUGCAGUCCUAAUGAUGAUCAAGUAGAAAGACAGGCUAUCAGGAAGUACCAAGGAGAUUUAUUAUUUCAAAAUCAAAACUAUGAAGAGGCUUUUACCAUUUAUCAGGAGUCUCGCAAAUGUCUGCCCCCCAACAAUGCGGUAGUGGACAGGGAACUGAUAGAGUCAAUGGCAAUGUGUUUAUUGAAGCUAGGAAAAUGUGACGAUGCUUUAACUCUUAUCAAGGAAGUAAUGGGGGAUGACCAACAAAAUGAUUCGUCCAUAUGGCAUUUGCUUUCUCAGAUUUAUAGAGCAAUGGGAAAUAUUCAAGGUGAAAUAGAAACCCUUCAGAGAUGUGCGACUCUUCACUCCUGGAAUUCUCACUUCUGGUUUUCCUUAGCCCUGGCAUAUGAAAAAGCAUCAGUAAGCUGCAUUCAGCCACAAGAUGAGGACUUCAAUAUUUUUUUUCAGGGUAAAAAUUGCCUUCUGCAUCAAGAUUUAACUGAAGAGAAUUGUGUAGAAAACUCUUUGAAUGGUAAAUGGCAGUCAAAGGAAAUUGACAUUACAAUAAAACCCUGUUGUUCCUCAACUAACAAAGUGCAGAGGCCAAUAUUUACAAAACCUUGUGAUUCGGAUGAGCUAGAGAUUACACCAUGCUUGGCACAUUUGGCUGAUGAUUUUCACAUUAUCAAGCCAAUUAGCCGAGGUGCAUUUGGACAGGUAUUUCUAGCUCGUAGAAGAGACAAAGACAAACAAUUUUAUGCCAUCAAGGUUGUCAAGAAGACGGACGUUGUUAAUAAAAAUAUGAUAGAACAAGUUGUAGCUGAAAGAGAUUGCCUGGCAAUUGCGAAGAGUCCUUAUAUUGUAAACUUAUUCUAUUCCUUUCAAUCAAAAGACAGAAUUUUUCUGGUUAUGGAAUACUUAAUUGGAGGAGACUGCAAAUCUUUGUUGCAUAACCUGGGAUAUUUUGAUGAAAAAAUGUCAAGAAUUUAUAUAGCACAGGUUGUUCUGGCUUUGGAGUAUCUUCAUAAACAUGGCAUUAUUCACAGGUACAUUUCAUAUAAUUCCCAUUAUGCCAUGUUUAUUAGCCAGUUUGAGUAAAUGCUGAUUGCCACAGACUGGCUGUGGUAGCAGAAUGACACAAAAGCUAAGAAGUCUCUGUACCUAUUUGCUUUUAAACAUGACACUGUUUUCAUCACUGCUUUCUUCCAGGUCUACAAACCUUUCUAAAUGACCGGUUAAAGUAAAUAAAUAACUUCAAUAUCCACGACUUUCGCUUUAUGUAGUUGACAAAAGAGGACGAUACGAUCGAUCGGCAAACUUUCAUCGUACAGGUUUGAGCACUUUUCCUUAAGCCCACGAACGACGUGAUUUCCAUUUAAAAUAGUAAACUUUGCAGCAUAUUCUUGGAUACGACUAUUGAGCCAAGUAGAUUUGAAAAGUUUAAGAGUCAAACCUCAAAUGAACGUGAUAACCAAACAACAGAGUUCGGCAAACGCUUCGUUCGAGCGCGCGAAGUUACGCUUGGCUAAUUUUCUGCGUGCUUGCAAGUUUGCAUUACAAUAGGCUAUUAAAGUCUCGCAAGAAAUUCAAGCAGUGGUACUUACAGUUUUUUCAAGCUCUCGCGAGACGAGAGUCUCGUCUCGCGAGAGGGUGGUAACUUACUUUUGAGCGGUACUGUAAGAUUAACACUCGAAAUGGAAAUAAUAUGAUAUAUACUUGAAAAGUCUUUAUUCUGCAGUCUACAUUAUUUUUACCCCUGGUCUGCAGUCUGGGAGGCAUGGUGGCCUCAUGGUUGGUGCGCUCGUCUCUGGAUCGAGCG